CAACAACGACGACAACGACAACAACAACGACAAAAACCGGACAUUGUUCACGAACAUCAGCAGCACCGCCAUUGCAACCACAACAAACAACACCACCAUCAUGAGCAGCGGGGUGCGCAGGGUGCUGGUCGGCGGUGGCACGGGCUUGGUAGGGAAACACCUGACCAAGGCGCUUGCUGCUCGCGGGUACGACGUCGUUAUCAUCUCCCGCAAACCACAGCAACAGCAGCCACAGUCAGCAACCUCCGAACAAAUCACCUGGCAAGAGGUGGAACGCGACGGCUUGCCGGAGUGCCAUGCGGUCAUCAAUCUUGCCGGUGCCAGCGUCUUGAACCUGGCCAAGCGGUGGUCAGACGCCGCCGCCACCGAAGUCCUAGACAGCCGCAUCUCCACAACAUCACUGCUGAGCAAGGCCAUCGCUGCUGCUUCCCCAAAGCCAAAGGUGUUUGUGACGGCAAGCGGCGUGGGUGUGUAUCCCGCCUUCCCCACAGCCGAGGCGUCGCCGGAAGUGGAUGAGAGUGCGGCGUGUGGCUCGGACUUCUUUGCCAAGCUUGUUCGGGAGUGGGAGGCGGCGGCACAGCCUGCUGUCGGUGCAGGGGUUCGCCACGUGGCCAUGCGCACGGGCGCUGUCCUUGCCCCCGAUGGUGGCGUCGUUGCCCAAGCCAAGCUCCCUUUCCUCUUGGGAUUGGGUGGACCUUUUGGCUCUGGACAGCAGCUCUUCCCCUGGUGUCAUAUCCAGGACGUGGUCAACAUGUACAUUCACGCCAUGGAGACAGAAUCCCUGCAAGGGCCCGUCAACCUGGUUGCGCCAACCGUGGCGACCAAUGCAGAGUACACGCAAGCCUUUGCAAAGGCCGUGCACCGGUUUGCAAUUGUGCCCAUGCCCGCGUUUGUGAUCAGGGCGCUCUUUGGGCCAGACCUGGCCACCAUGCUGCUGUGCGGCCAACGCGUCGUGCCUCGCAAGGCCCUUGAUUCCGGGUUCACCUUUUCCUUCCCCACCAUCGACAAAGCCAUGCACGACGUCGUCGUCAACGCAUAGAAAGCACCCUGAACACCACCUUGCCUUCCUGUGCUCGCCUGCUUUGCUUGUCUGUUCGGUCAUUUGUGUUUGCUCGUUUGUCUUGUUUGUGACGUUGUGCGUCUCUUUGUCUCUAUCUCUGUCGUCGCUGCGGCCCAGCCUCUUCAGCACACACACACACACACACACACACACACACACACACACACACACACACACACACACACACACAACACACACACACACGCGCGCACACACACACACAUAACUGUCAACCUAUUUCUAGCCCAUCGGUUGUCCUGUUUAUAUGCCGUUGCCGUUGUCGAUUUGUGAUGAAAGAUAUGGCAUGUACACCUGGCGAUGGAUUUUUCACGAGAGAUAUUUUUGGAUUUUCCUUUCACGUGGAUAUUCUUGUGGCAACAGCGAAACAACCCACCAAACAACAACAACUUGGCAAACAACCUACCACACACACCUUGCCACCCACUC